UUGAUUGGCCAGUGUUGGCGUUACUAUCACACGGGCAUAGUGCCUUCAAGUGGGCUUCCGGCGUCUCCUCAGUGCCUGCAGUGUGAAACAGAUCAGAGGAAAAGGAACAAAACGAUUGGCUCAGUUCCUGUUAAUGUAAACUCUUAUGGUUGUAGUAUCCAUUUGAGAUUCCCUCUUGCAGCUUUCCUCUGUCCCUGGAGUGGGUUUCUGUCGCUCGAGAUGUUUGAUCUGGAAGCCGGCUGGAACAUCUCUUUCGCUGGCUGCGGGUUUCUGGGUGUUUACCAUAUCGGGGCGGCGAGCAGUAUUCAAGAACACGCUCCUUACCUGACCCGGGACGCCAGCAGGAUCUAUGGAGCAUCGGCCGGGGCGCUCACCGCCGCCGCUGUGGUUUGCGGAGUACCGCUGGACAGUUAUUGUGCAGACGUCAUGAAAGCAGCUAAAGAAGCUAGAAAAAGAAAUUUGGGACCUCUGCACCCAUCCUUCAACUUAGUAAAAAUAUUGAAAAAUGGACUUUUCAGGAGUCUUCCAGAAAAUGCACACCAACUAGCCACAGGCAGGCUCUGCAUUUCUCUUACACGGGUAUCUGACGGUGAGAAUGUGCUGGUCUCUGAGUUCAACUCCAAGGAAGAACUCAUUCAGGCUCUGAUCUGCAGUGCCUUUGUUCCAAUUUAUUGUGGACUUAUUCCGCCAUCUUUUCGAGGAGUGCGUUAUGUGGAUGGCGGGAUCAGCAACAAUUUACCUCUGUCUGAAUUGAAGAACACAAUUACAGUGUCUCCAUUCUCCGGAGAAAGUGAUAUCUGUCCUCGAGACAACCCCAGCAACUUCCAUGAGCUGCGAGUCACCAAUACCAGCAUCCAGUUCAGCAUGGGAAACUUGUAUCGACUGACUCGAGCACUUUUCCCUCCAGAACCAAAGGUGCUUGGUGAAAUGUGCCAUCAAGGUUAUGAAGAUGCACUUCGAUUUCUCCAAGGAAAUAAUCUGCUUAAAAUGCCGGUUCUUACAGUUGAUUUGACUUCUGUCACAUCAGUGAGGGAGAUUGUCAGAUCUUACAAACAGAAUCAGGAUGAUUGUUCUAGCAAAUCUCUGGAACAGGAGGAGGUAGAAAUGGUUAUAAACAAAGCUUCAGCACCAAAAUCCAAAUCAAACAAUCAACAAUUGAGGAAAAAGCAUUGGUCAUCAGCCUUGGAUGAAAAAAUAGAAAAUUUACCACCAAGACUUGGUAACGCAUUGCAUGAAGCUUGUAAGGAGACGAGUGGUCUUUAUGCACAGCUUAACAACCUCUUCUUGGUUAGAAUGGCGUCUUAUGCAAUGUUGCCUUACACACUACCAUUGGAGUCUGCCUAUUCUUUUGGUUGCAGGUUAGUGGAGUGGCUUCCUGAUGUCCCUGAAGAUGUCAGUUGGAUGCGUGAACAACUAAACCUUAUCAGUGGUGUGAUUUAUCACCGAGCAGCAAAGCAGUUUCGGUUGUGUCCACGUUCUAGAAUUCUACCUAAUAUACAUCUGAGAAAAUGCCUCAGCCUACCACCUAUCUCAAACCUGUACCAACCUUACUUCACUUCACAAAUCUCAUCUGCGGAGCUUACCUCCCAGCACUUUGGAUUGAAAGAGCUUGGGAACUCAACAGUGUAUGAAUCUGAUGCUUUCGCAAAGCAGGGUCUCGUGACUUCAGACCAGCAAAUCCAUUUCUUCACUAGCUCUGAAUCCUGAAUGGUGUUAGGAGAUUUGGAAAGACAGUCGACCAGGACAUCUUUUUCAGCAUAGCUCGGAGAUUAGAAUAUUGUGCCAAUGUUGGCCCUUGACCAACUGGAGGUGCGUGUUGUGUGUGUAUGUGUCGCAGUUGUCGUCAUUCCUGUACUCAGUCAGAGGAACCAAUGUGUCUUGUAUCAAAUUAAUAAUCUUAAAUCCACUUAAACUUCUAUCAUAUACAACUGUUGUUGCACAUUCAAAUUGUUUUUCAGGAGCCUUAACAUGUUAUGAAUUACAUAGGGCAUGACUUUUAAUGUUUGCACUUUAUUGUUAACCAGAUACAAAUGGUUUCCACAGUACUGGUGAUUAAUGCUGAACCAUUUAUGGUUCAUCAACUCAGAAUGGUAUUUAUCAUUUACAAUCUGAUAAAUUUAGUAGAUUAUAAGUUUAUUUUAUUUUAUUUGCAUAUACAGCACAAUCACUGGAUUUUAAACUACUGGGUAUUCAGUUUAAUCCAACCCACAUGCAUUAGUUUACCUCUCCUUUUGUAUAUGUACUGUUCCUACUGUGCACUCUGAAAUAUGCAUUACUGAAGAAACAACAGAUUGCAUUUGUUGACUAAACCAUAGUGUUUCAAAUUCGUUGCUGUAAUUAAUCCCUGUUGAGUAUGUUGCCUUUGGGACUUGCGUACUUGAAUGAUGUUGAAUUCAGAUGACUAAAAUCUUGCACAAUAAUGUACACUUUUGGAAUAUCUAUUGAUGAGUUACUGUUUUUGCAAUACCAGAAACAGUAACCUUUUAAAAACGUUUGUAUUGCUAUUUAUUCGUGUGCUGAAAGGCUUGUUGUAACAAUUGAGUGAGUCUCUAAAUUUGCUUAUAAAUAGAAUAUUAAAUAUCUGCAACUAUCUACUGCCAGUAACAGAAGAUGAAACUUCCAAUGAAUGAACUUGCUACUUCAGUUCACAAAACUUGUGUACAAAGCAUAACUUUCUUAAGCCACAAUGUACUUUAUUGUUCAUUCAUUUAAGGUGACUGAAAACCUGGAAUUCUUUGGGUAAAUGGUGAUAUUUUCUUUCUCUUUUUUUUAAAUCUCUAAAGACAACUUUGUCUGGUGCUAUUUUCACUGAUCUUUUUGAAGAAGAUAUGAGAAAGUCACAAAGUGCCUUUUUUAUUUCUCAGAACUAAUUGAUACACAUACCUCGUUAUUCCAAAUCUCUGUUUUUUGAACAUUACAACUUUUUGUAUAAAUGUAAUUCUAUUUACCUCUCUAUUUUGUUUCCACAUACAUAUUUUAAAUUAAAGCAGUAAUUAUACUUAACAGAAAUUUGUGUUCGUGUGUGGUCUGUAGAGCAGAGUGUAUUUCUAGAAAGAUAUAAUGUAUACUGUCCCUUAAAGCAAGAUGAGUGCUAAUUAUAGUUUCUCAUCUAAUUCAGCAUUUUACAGUACUGAAAAUCUUACAUAGUGCUAUCUCCAAUGUACCAGUCAAUCUUUUGUGGUGUUGCACAGAAUAGAGACCAAGUUAUUUUGCUUUAAGGAUUAAACAGAAAUAUUGUACCAGAAAAUGGUGAAAAAUGUAAUCAAGCCUGUCUGUACCUGAGGAGAGAGUUAACAUUUCAGGCCUAUGAUAUGUCACUGUAAAAGUGAGAUCUUAGCUAGUUUUUUUUUUGUUCCCACAGUCAGCUUAAAAUAUGUCUGUCUGCACUUGCAGCUCUCUAAACCUAAGCAUUUAUUAUCAACCUUCUGACAAGGUGGUAGUGAUGUUUUCUGCAGUACUGAUCUCUACAUAACCAGGCUUAACAUUAAUUAUCUGACACCUUCUCCACUUCCACCAGGCCAUGACUGUGUAUCAUUGAAUGUAAUGCCGUUUUUCUAUCACUAAAAUCUAUUAUAGAUCUUGCCUCAACAGCCUCCAACCUCAGACUCUCAACCUCAAAUAGCCAACAUUCCCCCUCCCCACCCCAAGAUCCACAAACAGGACUGUGCUUGCAAUUCCUUGUUCCAGCCUGUUGCUGUCCCAUGGAACUGACUUUCUUAUCACAACACUUUUUUUUUGUCCAAACUGUUCCCAAAUAAUCCAUGACUC